AUGAUGCAACAGUCGAUCUUGAUUCCAGCAAUGCUUUCGAAGGUUAGACCUGAAAAGCUCCUAGAAGUAUGGUUCAGUGCCUCUCCAACCGCUCUUCCACCUUCGGCGCCUGCAGGCUUGAAGACUGUGCCGGCUGAGACAUGGAAAGAGAUGCUCGAGCUUGUCAACUGCAAAGUGCUCUCCGUUGUCGAGUCUGAGCACGUAGAUGCCUACCUCUUGUCGGAGUCCAGCAUGUUCGUCUUCCCUCAUAAGCUGAUUCUCAAGACUUGUGGAACCACGACGCUAUUGACUGGACUCCCUCGGAUUUUGGAAAUUGCGGCGACAAGUGCAAGGUUUCCACACAAUGUGGCGGAUUACAAGUCAGGCAUAGCAACUGCAGCAUACCCUUAUCGUGUGUUCUAUAGCCGCAAGAACUUUCUCUUCCCGGAUCGACAACUUGGCCCGCACCGAAGCUGGCGUGAUGAGGUUAGGUCGCUUGAUAGACUUUUUCUUGGUGGAAGCGCCUACGUGAUUGGGAAACUCAAUGGCGAGCAUUGGUACUUGUAUUUGACAGAGCCAAACACCAUGCUCACUCCGCCUUCUACGCCUGAUCGUCGCGACAAUGAGACAAGGAACCUCGACCUAUCGAUUUCAAGGGCGUCGUUGAGCAGCGUUGAAGACGAGGAUGAUGACGAUGAGACUCUGGAGAUUUUGAUGACUGACUUGGAUCCUGAAAAUGCUCAGCAAUUCUACCUCGACCAUGCGAGUGCGGUUGCCGAAGGCCAAUUCUAUGAGAAAGCGCAUGAGGCCCGAGUGGAUGCGGAACAGCAUUUGGGCAGCCUGUUAGACCUUCCAACUCAAAACAAGCCAGUUGAAGCAAAUGGUGUCAAGGAUGAGCUUGAGGAGGUCGAUAUCUUCAGCAACACAUCCUCCGAUCCUUGUGAUCUGACCUCUUCCCACUACGAGCAAUUCAGCUACCCCCAAGAGCUCAUGACUGAGGGCCACAGUCUUGGCACUGUCGUCUCCGAGUCGUCUGGUCUCUCUGAUAUCUAUCCGAUUUCGAAGUAUCCAGAUGCCCGCGUUGACGCCUACAUGUUCAACCCAUGCGGCUUCUCCGCAAAUGGCGUCAUUCCUGCCCCGAACGGACCUGACGCGACCCACUACUUCACUGUCCACGUCACCCCUGAGCCUAACUGUUCCUACGCGUCCUUCGAGACCAAUGUGCCGCCAAAACAAACGGGACGCGAGACAGCCGACGUCAUCGAGCAAGUCGUAAAGAUCUUCAAGCCUGGCCGCUUCACCGUGACACUGUUCGAAGGCAAGAAACACGUCGAGGAUGAUUACGACGAGACACCAAAGAAGAAGAGGGCUGCCAAGAAAGAUAGUCGCUGGGAGACUAUUCGAGGCUAUCGUCGUAUUGACCGCAUUGUGCACGAUCUGGAUGGCUACGACCUUGUCUUCAAGUAUUUCGAAAAGGUCGACUGGGAAGGCGGAGGCUUGCGGAUUGGGGAGAAGGAUUUCUGA